CCUGUCGAAGACAAAAAAGAGAUAAAUAGAUAAAAAACAAAGAAAAGUGGAGCGCUACAGGCAUCAAAGGAGGGAAUUUAACCCCGGUUGCGACAGGAUGCUAGUAUCGGGGAGCUCAUCCGAGGCACUGAUUUAGAAGGAGGAGGGGGGAUGUGUGUGUGUGUUGGACUGUGGCAGAGCAUCGCCUGAGCUGGGGCUGGAGCGAGAGCUGGUCCUGAGGCGGGCAGGGAAACGGAGCAUCACCAUCAGCAGCAUCAGCAUCAACUACCCCCAUCACCAUCAGCAUCAGUACCGGCGGCCCCCACUAAACAACCUCCAGCCUCCCUCCAUUUCCUGAGGAGGCAGGGAACACGACACCACGACUGGAGGGGGAGACAACUCAACAGGAGCCACCAAAAGGCCAGGAAGAGCCCAUUAGCUACCAAGGCCUCUGGACGUUGCUCCAUCUCACUGGUGCUUCUGGCUGUAAUGGAAGGGAAAAGGCCCAAGCCUGUCUGAACAACCACGGUGAAUGGCAGACUCAAUGGAGGUCAAAGGCCAGUACUGGACUGAUGAGGAAUCUGAUGGAGACAAUGAGCCCGAGCAGUUUCUAUACGGCAUCCAGGGGAGCUGUGCUGCCGAUCUGUACCGGCAUCCUCAGCUGGACGCUGAUAUUGAAGCAGUGAAGGACAUCUACACUGAAACUGCCAUCAAUGUUAGAGAAUACGGGACCAUUGAUGAUGUGGAUAUCGACCUCCAGAUCAACGUCAGUUUCCUGGAUGAGGAGGUUGCGACAGCGUGGAAGGUCAUUAGGACAGAACCAAUUGUCCUGAGGCUACGCUUCUCCCUCUCACAGUAUCUGGAUGGACCAGAGCCCUCAGUGGAGGUGUUUCAGCCCUCCAAUAAAGAUGGCUUCAGUCUGGGACUCCAGCUCAAGAAGAUCUUGACCACGUUCACGUCUCAGCAGUGGAAGCAUCUGAGUAAUGAGUUCCUGAAGGCCCAGCAGGAGAAGCGCCACAGCUGGUUCAAGGCUGGAGGAACCAUCAAGAAGUUCCGCGCCGGCCUCAGCAUCUUCUCCCCCAUCCCCAAGUCCCCCAGUUUCCCCCUGAUCCAGGACACAGUGCUGAAAGGGAAGCUGAGCGUGCCGGAGCUGCGUGUGACGCGCCUCAUGAACCGCUCCAUCUCCUGUACCAUGAAGAACCCCAAGGGGGAGCUCUUCAGCUACCCCCCAAACAGCCAGACUGUGGCUGUCCCCGCGGCCAGGGCCCCCGCGCAGAUUACCACGAGGCAGCUGAUUGAAUUGUUUUUCUCAUCCCAGGCGGGCGGACACUGCAAGAACAUCCCCACCUUGGAGUACGGCUUCUUGGUGCAGAUCAUGAAGUAUGCAGAACAGCGUAUCCCCACGCUCAACGAGUACUGUGUGGUCUGUGACGAGCAGCACGUCUUUCAGAACGGCUCCAUGCUCAAGCCGGCUGUUUGCACGCGGGAGCUGUGUGUGUUCUCCUUCUACACUCUGGGUGUGAUGUCUGGAGCAGCAGAGGAGGUUGCCACGGGAGCCGAGGUGGUGGACCUCCUGGUUGCCAUGUGUCGAGCUGCCCUGGAGUCUCCCAGGAAGAGCAUCAUCUUUGAGCCCUAUCCCUCAGUGGUGGACCCCAACGACCCCAAAACACUGGCCUUCAACCCUAAGAAGAAGAACUAUGAGAGACUGCAGAAAGCGCUGGACAGUGUCAUGUCCAUCCGCGAGAUGACUCAGGGCUCAUACCUGGAGAUCAAGAAACAGAUGGACAAGCUGGAUCCCUUGGCUCAUCCUCUGCUACAGUGGAUCAUAUCUAGCAAUAGAUCACAUAUCGUCAAGCUGCCUCUGAGUCGGCAAUUGAAGUUCAUGCAUACUUCACAUCAGUUCUUGCUCCUGAGCAGUCCGCCGGCUAAAGAGGCUCGCUUCCGCACGGCCAAGAAGUUAUACGGCAGCACCUUCGCCUUUCAUGGUUCCCACAUAGAGAACUGGCACUCAGUGCUGAGAAAUGGACUAGUCAAUGCCUCUUAUACCAAGCUGCAGCUGCAUGGUGCAGCCUAUGGCAAGGGCAUCUAUCUCAGUCCCAUCUCCAGCAUAUCCUUUGGAUACUCAGGAAUGGGUAAAGGACAGCAUCGAAUGCCCACUAAAGAUGAGCUGGUGCAGCGCUACAAUCGCAUGAACACCAUCCCACAGAGUCGAUGUAUCCAGUCCAGAUUCCUGCAGAGUAGAAACCUCAACUGCAUAGCGCUCUGCGAAGUGAUCACCUCUAAGGAUCUACAGAAGCACGGCAAUAUCUGGGUGUGCCCCGUCUCGGAUCACGUCUGCACACGCUUUUUCUUCGUGUAUGAAGAUGGACAGGUGGGAGAUGCCAAUAUCAACACCCAGGAGCCCAAAGUCCAGAAGGAGAUCAUGCGUGUCAUCGGCACUCAGAUCUACUCCAGCUGAGCAUGCCCACAAAGGACUCUAUUCCUCUCCUCAUG